AUGUGCAAUAAAAGAAAAGACAUACAGGGAAAGAAAACACAUGCAGGGAAAGAAAAGAUGUGCAAUGAAAGAAAAGAAAUACAAGGAAAGAAAAGACAUGCAGGGAAAGAAAAGACAUGCAGGGAAAGAAAAGACAUGCAGGGAAAGAAAAGACAUGCAGGGAAAGAAAAGACAUGCAGGGAAAGAAAAGACAUGCAGGGAAAGAAAAGACAUGCAGGGAAAGAAAACACAUGCAGGGAAAGAAAAGACAUACAGGGAAAGAAAAGACAUGCAGGGAAAGAAAACACAUGCAGGGAAAGAAAACACAUGCAGGGAAAGAAAAGACAUACAGGGAAAGAAAAGACAUGCAGGGAAAGAAAAGACAUGCAGGGAAAGAAAAGACAUGCAGGGAAAGAAAAGACAUGCAGGGAAAGAAAAGACAUGCAGGGAAAGAAAAGACAUGCAGGGAAAGAAAAGACAUGCAGGGAAAGAAAAGGCAUACAGGGAAAGAAAAGGCAUACAGGGAAAGAAAAGGCAUACAGGGAAAGAAAAGACAUGCAGGGAAAGAAAAGAUGUGCAGGGAAAGAAAAGACAUGCAGAGAAAGAAAAGACAUACAGGGAAAGAAAACACAUGCAGGGAAAGAAAACACGAGCAGUGAAAGAAAACACAUGCAGGGAAAAAAAUACGAGCAGUGA